GGGAGAAAAAACUGGGCAUGAGGAGAGACAAAAAUGGCCAUUGCAGUGAGCAAAACUAAAUCUGCAGAGUGAGUCGAAAAAUGAGGUUGAAUAAAGCGAGGCAUGCGCGUGGAUAAAUGAAGAUAGAAAUAAUAAGUAGUUACACCUGGCCUGCACGACCUGCAGUCAUGAUUCUAUACACCAGGAGGACAUGUCGCAAUUUGGAUGCAUAUCAGCGCUGAUGAGAUGUACUAGGUACUAUGGAAUCACUUAUUUAUUAAUAUACGUGCAAAGAUUAGAAUCAAAUAUGACGGCCGCGCAACAAGGAGCGAAUCGUCGCUGUUUGUCAGCCGCCAACAUGGUGGAUGACACCACACGCUGUCCGUCUACGAGUAGCAGUUCUUGGAGCGGAGUCGUUCCUAGAGCAAAGAGUACAAGUAGACGAGGGGCUUCGAAGUUUCUUCGUACAUCGACUAGAAAUGCCUGUCUAAGUGGCACAUCCAAGAUGAAUUUUACUGUGCAACUCUGCGCAAUCGUGGAUGCAUCUUCUUCUCAGGGACAACGUGGAAGUACUCGUAACACCUUUUUCCGACGGGCACGGAGACGGAGGCAUAAGAAGUAUCCACGAGUUUUGCGGGAUGGGAGAAGGCCUACAGUAGUCGAUAGGGACGACGAGUGCAGGCAGCGUAAUAUGAAUGUCGAACACGAUGAAGCAGUGGUGAAGACAUCUUCGAAGACAACUGAAGAUGCGACUCCGCCGGAUAUUUUUACACGUGUAGAAGAAGAUAAUGUUGCUGGAGUGCCUUCUUUCCUUUCAACGUCCCCUCCUCUCGGCUUCUUUACCUAUGAAGAGCAACGCCGGAGGCUCACCACAACAGCUCAAGUAGUGCGGAAACGCAUAGAAGCCCGGUUCUUUGCAGAGAAGAAAUCAAUUCAUCGCCUGCAUCCGAGAAACAGGAGGAUCAAAUUCACAUCACCCAGAAGGCUCCGAAAAGUGCUAGCUCUUUUUUAAGUCUUCCACCCCUAAUUCAUCUUAUAAACUGAAGCAUCUUCUACCGUUGCUGGAAGGUGGAGGAACAACGUCAAAGAUGACUUUUAUUUACUUUAAACUAACUUAGGUAAAAAGCUCUAACUCUUGUUCAGUUCCUUGUCAGGCUAUCACGAAUUCGCAUCGGCACAGUUGGCAGCGCAGUCGGGACUCGCUGGAGUGAUUCUCGAAGAUCUUGACUGUCCCUGCGUGGCAGAAGAUGGAACCUGUUUCCAACCUGUUUGCCCGAAAGGGUAAUGCUAAGUACUUCGGUCAUGUCCACUAUCAGAACUCAUGGGUAGGUAGAGCUAUGCUUUGAAUAUGGCGUACAUCAUGUAUUUGUAUAUCUCUCGUUCUGUGGAGUAUCUUUGCUCUGUUCUCGUUUGAGUUCUCGUCGCCGUGGGAGAGAUAACUACCGAGAAAGGGGCCCCAGGCUCCUUUCUCGCGUCCGAUACUGUAUCUCACCUCCCACAGCAAAGUACUUCGGUCAUGUCCACUAUCAGAACUUAGAAAAAAAAAAACUAUGGGCACUAGGGACGGCGCUAUGAAUGAUGAUGAAUUUGUUUUCUUGUUUUUUUUCCAGGUUCGCAGAUGCAUGCAUAAAAAGCAGUCCCAACUACUUAUCGAAUUUUCCGUACCACAGGAGCAGGACAGUCCUUAAAACUCGACGUCUAAAUCUUCCCACAACCACUUCUUGUCACAAGAACAGGAUAUACAAAUACAAAUGCCGUUUGUGUCCAUUAACCUAACACAUCAGGAUGUACAAGUGUUGUUUCGACUGCACGGUGUCUAUAUGCGACCGGCACGAGUUAGGCUUUUAUCCAACUGGAGCUCUAUACCUGUCCGAACGUGGCGUACAGGAGUGUCUUCAGUGUCACCCUGGCGAUUACUGCUCAGGGUAUAAUACGUGAUUUGUUUUGUAAGUGAUUCUUUCACAACUAUAUGAGUACUAAACAUGAUUUGUAAAUGAUAAGUCUUUCACAACUAACUAUAAAUAUGAGUACUACUAGGCAAGCUGCCGAAUUAGAGAUAUGAGUCAUCUUCUAGGUGCGACGAAUACGACCAAUGCCCUUCGGUGGACGCGAAGGACUCAGCUGGUGCACAAUAUGACACGCCAAGGGUCUCGCCUCCAGGCUCUGUCCUAGAUCGAGAAUGCCAGCGAUGCCCGGAUGGGUUUGAGGCUGACUUUGUCAAAGAGAAAUGCGUGCCACCGUACUUACUGAUAGAAGUUAGCUGCACAUUACUUACUUCGUUCCGACUUCUCGAUUAUAGCGUCUUGUGUGGCGUCGAACGAGAUGGGUCUAGUAGAAGUCAAGAACAUGUUAUUAAUUCGGUUUUAGAGUAUCUUCUAUUGCAUCAACAUUUACGAUAUAGAUGAGCAAAGCAAAAAUUAUUAUUAUUUCUUUUGAAACUAGGUUCCGUCAAUCAUGCGAUAUUACGCUUCUGGAGAUCUGUAUUAGCGGAUGCAAAGAAAAUCCGUUGGAGGAUGAGUGCCAGAGGAUGGAAUGUACUUGCUUAGAUAUGAUUAAGUGUCCUCUAUGCUACUUGUUGAAGCCCUUCGUUCGGGAUCAUGAUGAUAAAACAAACUACAAAAAGACUCAAGCACCUAAAAUUCUCCUAAACAACCUCAGGUCGUAUUUUCUGUGCGAACGACCAGCGUGAUAGCAACCCAGAGUGCCUCGAUGCUCACAAGGAAAUGUGCAAUGAAUUCAAUUUAUGAGAGAAACUCAACACGUUAAAUCCCUACCCUUGCAGAUAUCACAUUUGUUUUUUCGAAGUCGUGGGGAAUGAUAGAAUUUAUUGAAAAUCCACCACCUCUGCAUCCAUCGCCUCUACAUCCAUCAUCUCUAGACCAUCCACCUUUCUUCAUACCCAUUACCACUCCUACGCUGCCUUAGGAGUGAGCGAUAAUAUUUAUUGAACAUCCACCACUCUCUCACGACACUUGAUUGAAGGCCUCCAUACAACGUUACUCCAUAGACAUGCUGACUUUGAAGAGUCCUCGGUGUACCGCAUUAUUGAAAAUCAACCACCUCUAGACCAUCCACCUUUCAUACUUGUUGCCACUCGUCGAUCCCAACUUGAGUACGCUUCCCGGUAUCGCGACGACGACUGAGGCUCCCACAGUGAUUUUGACGGAUGAUAGCGGUAUCGCGACUGUCGCUCCCUUCCGACAAGAAGUGGCUUGCAACAUCAACUGCAACUCAGCAACGUCAGUCAAGUUGAAUUAUGAAAAACCAAGUAUACAAUGUACUUUCUUAUAAAAGAUCCUUCUACAACCUUCUUCAAGAGAAAUAAAAGAUGCAUCAAUCCAUCCAUCCAUCCAUCCAUGCAUCAGUCCCUCUUCUAAGUUUCCGUGUGGUUGUUGCUUCUGGCGCUUAGCCUAGCGACGAUGGGUAACGUGGUCGGUUGGAGCUAAGAAACAAGGCUACGAGAAGAAAUAUCCGAUGCUUCUGAGAGCAGAAAGCGAUUUCAUUUGCUAACGUGUCCUAUGAUUCUUUGAGUUUGCAGACUAUUCCGAAUAUCUUCAGUACACUAGUAGAGAUCUAUAACCUUCAAAUAUGUAGUUUUUGUUUCGAAGAAACGCUGCCGAAGAAACGGGGUUGUUGUAUAUGAGGAGGUUACGAUUUAAUAGACACAACCAAGCCUUAAAUUUAGAAGAACCGAAAGUUUGAAGUACCUCCAUCGGAGAUUAUUCGAUGCAAGAACCGCAUUAUUUAUUUCUUCUUAGGUUUCAUCUUAAUUGACAGCAAGUGACAAAUAAUUCUUCUUCUUUCAAUGUUUCAGAAACAGGACUUCUUUCGACAACCGUAGAGCUCAUUCAAGAGAACGCCGAUAGAACAAUAAGAAUCGCAGGUCCAAUCCGAAUCGACUAACAUCAUCAUCCAUAACAAUAGGCCUAGAAUAGCCCCGGAUCCUAUAAACAUGGCCGAAAUUUGCACCUUCACGCUUUGUUUUUUUUUGGGUAUUUUUCUAGUUAGGUUGGGUCCGCCACUAUUAUUCGGUUCAAUCUGUUGAAGAAUAGAAGAACAAUCGCAUUACUAUAGAUCAGAAAACCAACGCACGUUUGGCCAUAGCUACAUGGUUUUUUUUGUUGAAGAGGAACCCGCCGUUUCGUCUUUCUUUACUAGAUAUAAACCGUAGCUAAAAGUAUAGAGAAACCCCACGAGGAAGUCAUUGAAGUUUGAACUUGUCAUUUUGUUUCGAAAGAAUUCAAAGGUUCAACAUUUUGGCACUCAGCGCGACAAAUGUGCGGUAUGUCAAUAAAUCAAUGCUAGUAGUGAGCAAGAAAUGAUCAUGUUCAUGGCUGCAUGAAAUUUACAAGAGUAAGAGGGCCUUUACAACAGGUACGUUAGACGGAGGAAACACUGUUGGAAGUAGUGACAGUCUACUCAGAAAGUAGCAGCAUUCAAUGUCAGACGAGGCUUGAUGCAGCAAAUUCUGAUAUUGCUGAACGAUCACAAGUCCAGAGUGAGCUAGGAUCCAGGCUACUAAAAAAUGAGGGAUUAGAUGAUAACAGUUUGACGAUGUCCG